GUGUGUUUGUGUGUUUGUGUGAGAGAGAGAGAGAAACUGAGGGAGGAAAUGUGUUUUUAUACAUUUGUGUGCGUGCUUCUCUAUAUAUGUGUGUCUGUGUGUCCGUACCUUGCGUGUUGCUGGGAUGUAAGACGUGUAUUCAAGCUCAUGUUUGUGUGUCUGUGUCAAGGCUUCAUGAUGUGUGUGUUUGUGUGUUUGUGUGUUUGUUUGUGUGAUUUAGUCGUCAGUACGUGGAGAACGGAAUUCACUCCGGUAUUUUCUGUUGGCAGGUUGCCAGUCCAUUGCGUUCUCCGGUGAUGAGGUUCUCACUGUCGUCCACGUCUGUUGACACCUGACCCGCUGCCUGACCUCACUGACCUGUUCACACGUGAGCUUCAUGGACUGGAGCCUCCUGUACUUCAUGUAUGUGUGGGGGAGGAGCUUGGAUACUCAUGCAUCGUGAGAGCAUCGCUGCCUUCAUUCCUGUACUUGAUGUAUGUAUGGAGGAGGAGCUUGCAUCCUGAUGUUGUGAGCAUCGCUGCUGUCGUUCCUGUACUUCAUGUAUGUGUGGGGGAGGGGCUUGCAUCCUCAUGCAUCGUGAGAGCAUCGCUGCUGUCGUUGGUUCUUCACUCGCUCCUGGUAUAUCUCCCUCUCCACACGUGCAGACUACCAGCAGUUGUCAACCUCUCCUCGUCUCAGACGCUGCUUUCCUCGGGAUAUACUGCCACUAACAGCUUUCUCACAACGAUCAUCUCCGGGUUGGACAUACAGGUGCAUUGGACUACUGGUACUCUCACAAGGGUUAUCUUGACCAUCCACAUCCAUCAUCCCUUUAUUUAGUGUUGUUUGGAAGUGCUUUACCCACCCUCUUCACUGAUUUGGUCCACUACAGGCUGUCUUCUGUAUCUCCUCAUCACCUCCCAGAAGGCCUUUGGUUUGUUGACUGCAUUUUCUAGAGACUUGAUUUUUAAAGGUGGAUACAAUGCUGCGAUUCUUUAUAUUUCUACUCUCACUCGCUCCUUUCGUGUCGACAAAGGGGACAGGAAGUUGCCAAGAAGCAGACUGUCCGCCAAAGACUUGGCACAAUGUAGGAUGCUCUACAGACGACGACUGCGAUGCGCCCUACGUCACGUGCUACAAACGUGUCUGUAGAUGUGAACCCGGGUAUUUCUAUACCACACACGACACGUGUACUAACACUUGUAGCCCAGACGACAUGCAGGACAGCUUCACAGACUAUCCUGACAGCGCUCUACGUGCAAACCUCAUUGGUAGCGAGGAUGGACUCACUGUGGAAGACUGCAAGGACAGGUGCCAGACAAACAAGACUUGCCUCACCUUUGAUUUCAAAGCCAGUGGAGGUCUGUGUCGUCUUCAUAAUGUCACCGCUCAUGAGUCUCCCUCCAACUGGUAUCCUAAGACGAGCAAAGGCUGGACCCACUACCAGAAAUCCUGCAAGUCCACUUUUGCCUCACACGAUAACUGGUACAACUUAUUGUGUAACAACAAAAUUGACUGUCCUCACCCACACAGCGAUUGUUUGUCAGGACGAUGUCUAUGUCGCUCAGGAUUCUACUUCAAUCAAGCACAGAAGGAGUGUGUUGUUACAAGCGAGCUGAAGAAGUGGCACAACACAAGCUGCACGACUGACGACGACUGCGAUGCGCCCCACGCCGAGUGCUACAAACGUGUCUGUAGGUGUGAACCCGGGUACUUCUAUACCACACACGACACGUGUACUGGCACUUGUAGCCCAGACGACAUGCAGGACAGCUUCACAGACUAUCCUGACAGCGCUCUACGUGCAAACCUCAUUGGUAGCGAGGAUGGACUCACUGUGGAAGACUGCAAGGACAGGUGCCAGACUGACAAGCGUUGCCUCACCUUUGAUUUCAAAGCCAGUGGAGGUCUGUGUCGGCUUCAUAAUGUCACCGCUCAUGAGUCUCCCUCCAACUGGUAUCCUAAGACGAGCAAAGGCUGGACCCACUACCAGAAAUCCUGCAAGUCCACUUUUGCCUCAAACGAUAACUGGUACAACUUGCUGUGUAACAACAAAAUUGAUUGUCAUCACCCACACAGCGAUUGUUUGUCAGGACGAUGUCUAUGCCACUCAGGAUUCCACUUCAAUCAAGCACAGAAGAAGUGUGUUGUUACAGGCGAGCUGAAGAAGUGGCACAACACAAGCUGCUCGACAGACGACGACUGCGAUGCGCCCCACGCCGAGUGCUACAAACGUGUCUGUAGGUGUCACCCCGGGUAUUUCUAUACCACACAGGACACGUGUACUGGCACUUGUAGCCCAGACGACAUGCAGGACAGCUUCACAGACUAUCCUGACAGCGCUCUACGUGAAAACCUCAUUGGUAGCGAGGAUGGACUCACUGUGGAAGACUGCAAGGACAGGUGCCAGACAAACAAGCGUUGCCUCACCUUUGAUUUCAAAGCCAGUGGAGGUCUGUGUCGGCUUCAUGAUGUCACCGCUCAUGAGGCUCCCUCCGACUGGUCUCCUAAGACGAGCAAAGGCUGGACCCACUACCAGAAAUCCUGCAAGUCCACUUUUGCCUCACACGAUAACUGGUACAACUUGUUGUGUAACAACAAGAUGGAGUGUCCUGACCAACACAGCGAUUGUUUGUCAGGACGAUGUCAAUGUCAUUUUGGUUUCAAUCAAGCCGAGAAGAAGUGUGAUGGUGCAAACUCAUGUGUAGACUGGCUGGCCAAAGGCGCGAAGAGUGGUAUCUACACCAUUCAGCUACCAGACACCUACGAACGUCGGUCAGUGUGGUGUGAUAUGGACACUGCGGGCGGCGGCUGGCUGGUCAUCUACAGACGUCGCGACAACUCAGUUGACUUCAACCGGAGCUGGACAGAAUAUGUAAACGGGUUUGGUAACAUCUCUGGAGAUUACUGGCUGGGGCUGCUCGCGAUUUACGACCUGACAUGGAAUGGUAUGCGCUUGAGAGUGGACAUGCUGGAUUUUUUUGGGACACAACGCUGGGCGGAGUACCGCAUUUUCGGUGUGCACGGUCCUGAGGGUGACUACAAACUUCGCGUGCGCGACUACUCGGGUACCGCAGGAGAUGGGUUGACAGCUAGUCGCGGACACCCCUUUCAAACCUAUGACCGAAACACGUACGGCUGUGUUACAUCUAGUAAGGGCGCCUGGUGGCACCCGCCUGACUGUAAAAGCUACGGUAACAUCAACAGUCCUGAUAAAUGGAAAAGGAAUUGGGGUAACACCUACUACCUGCAGUUCUCGGAGAUGAAGCUAAAGCCAACAUGGUAACACCACCUUGUCUCCUGUACUCACUGCUUACACCGCCAGUCCACUGUUCACUGUUCACUACAGGUUCCACUGAUGAUGUGAGCUCAGUGUACAUUAAUCUUUCGCAAUAGUCUAACAUCUGACCCUACUGCAGACUACUUACUGGACUUUAAUUGUUUACUUUGAGUAUAUUGCCUGGUGAUUCUAUUAUACACGUGUUGUAUUACUUCUUUCACAUUUGCAUUUGAUUGGAUAAACUAACAGGUUUACAAACGUAAAGUCUAAGUUUAAUUAAGUAAUUUAGCAUUAAUUGUGUCUGGGUUGUAGUAAACGUGUCAUCAACUAUAUAUUAGCUAUACACCUGAUAGUUCAUAGUAAACGUGUCAUGAACUAUAUAUUAGCUAUACACCUGAUAGUUCAUAGUAAACGUGUCAUGAACUAUAUAUUAGCUAUACACCUGAUAG